UCCGAGAGACAAGACAAAUCCAGAGAUCAAUCCUUAUCAUAUAUCACCGGAAUUGUUUGGCGCACAAUCAAGCCGCGCGCCGCUCGGUCAGUCCCACACCUCGAAUCCGACAGGGUCCAAAAGUGCCGCGCCGUUUUGACGUUAUCUCUGUUAGUACAAUAGACAAUUUAAACAUAGAAUUUCUAGUCGCUCGUCCAUAGCCAUCCGUAGUCCGAACAGCGUUAUCUCUGGCUGAGCUAAGAUUUUCCCACAUCCUCCCCACACACGGCUAAGUGGCUCGGAAAGCGGAUAGAGUGCGUGUGUGUGUGUUUGUUCAUCCUCGCAGAUCAGCAAUUAAAUUAUAAAAGAGACUAAAAGCGUGAAAAUCACUGCCACAUAUGCUGCGGAGGGUGUCAAGCGUUGAAGUGCUGUGUCCCGUCGUCGUUCGCGAACAAGCUCCUGCGAGUGCGAUAAAUGUGAAGGAUUAUUUUGUGACUCUCGUAUCCUAACGGUGGUAACGGCUUUCGACGGCUGGAACAGUAGUUAGCUGGCAGAACAGGAAUUUUGUGAAUCCGUAGUGCGCGCCUUAAUGACGCCGAUGUUGACAAUGGUUGUUUGAGUGGUGAAGAAGUUGACGGAACGGUUUUCAUUGGUGAAUGCUAAUAGGAUUGUUGACACCCUCCACCGUCACGGAUCGGUUACGUUGAGUGGGAAGAACGCACCUUCCCGUGUUAAGACCGCCCGAGAAGAUGAGUGCUGAAACCGAUAGCCUGACGGUGCGAUAUCAGGAGAAAAGUGAUAAUUGUGUUGGCGAUGAGGCAGACGAGAAGAAAUUACGCGAGAAGGAGUCGGAUGUCGAAGCUUCGGAACGGUACAACUGCUACAACAACGGUGAGAAGACGAAAAAUGGCGCCGAGUUCCAGAAGAUGAUUCCAGAUGAUCUGGAGGACAUGUUUAAGGAUAUGCCGCUGACCAAGGACACCACGUGUGGGUUCUGGUUUUUCAAAGGUCCCUUUUUGCAAAGGUUUGCCAACAAGAAGGCCUACGUCUUUCUGUACGGCGUCAUCGGUUGUAUAUUCUCCGCGACGUACGCCUACUUCAACGGUACGAUCACGACCUUGGAAAAGCGGUACAAAAUUCCGAGCAAAAACACCGGCAUCAUCUCGGUCGGUAACGACAUCAGUUCGCUGUUUCUGUCGGCCAUCCUAAGCUACUACGCCGGUAAGGGUCACCGGCCGCGCUGGAUAGCGUUCGGUUUGUUCACAAUCGUCUUGUUCUGUUGGAUGACGGCACUGCCCCACCUGCUGUACGGUCCAGGGGAAGCGGCCUUGGUACUGACCACCGAGUAUGGGGCGACGUACGACGAGAACCAAACCAAGGAAGUGUUCGAGGCUCAGAAGGCGAAAACGCUUUGCCGCAGCAAUGGCACCCGGGGAGCGCAGUGCGAAACCGAGGAGGGCAACUUUGCCCCGCAGGCGAUCCUCUUUGUGGCGCAGUUCAUCUCCGGCAUCGGUAGUUCACUUUACUAUACGCUGGGUGUUUCUUACAUGGAUGACAACAUUAAAAAGUCGAAAACGCCGGCUCUGGUUAGUGUUUCCUACUUUCUUCGAAUGCUCGGACCAGCGAUCGGGUACACGCUAGCUUCCUACUGUUUAAAGUUGUACAUUUCGCCCUCGAUGACUCCAACAAUCACUAAUAAUGAUCCCCGUUGGCUUGGUGCCUGGUGGAUCGGCUGGCUAGUGCUAGGACUGAUUCUUGGCUUUUUCGCCAUUUUCAUCGGAAUGUUCCCAAAGCAGCUCCCAAGAGCGGCGGUACGCAAACGGAUAGCUGUUGAAAAGAAAAAGCUCGGAAUGAAACUAAGUGAGGCGAAAAAAGAGGACGAACUUCCGGCCUCUUUCAAGGAUAUGAUCAAAACCUUUAAGCGGUUGGUUAGGAACAAAAUUCUCAUGCUGAACAACAUCGCCUCAGUAUUCUACUUCUUCGGUUACAUGCCAUACUGGAUUUUCACCCCGAAAUACAUCGAAACUCAGUACAAACAAUCCGCAUCGACGUCCAGUUUAGUGACCGGAACCGUCGCUUUGGCUUUCUCCGCAAUCGGAGUGCUACUUUCCGGAAUUGUGAUCUCCAAAUUCAAACCAAGGGCCCGCUACAUGGCGGCGUGGAAUGUCCUAGUCGGUAUCCUGUCCGUAAUGGGGAUGGUUGCGUAUGCCUUCCUGGGAUGUACGGCGAGUGAAAAUUCCGUUAUCGUGAAUAUUCCUACAGCCAACGAGAUGUCUCCCACGUGUAAUUCGGCCUGUCAGUGUGAUUACGUGAAAUAUUCACCAAUUUGCGGGGAGGAUGGUAACACUUACAUCUCGGCGUGCCACGCGGGAUGCAAACAACAAUUCCAAAUGGGUGACCUGAAGACCUAUGACGAAUGUUCAUGCAUAUUGGGCAGCAACUAUUCCGCCCACAAUCCGGUUUACAAGCGGCUGAUAUCGUACAACAGUAGCAUAGUACUCCCCUACUCGCUCGCUUAUGAUGACCCUAAGCCUUCAGCCGGCGGUGGAAAGGCCAUUGCCGGACCCUGCCCGCUGGACUGCAAGCGGGAGUUUAUCACCUUCCUGGUAGUGAUGUGCUUCCUGAAGUUUUCCGGUGCCACCGGACGGGCCAGCAACUUCCUGGUGUCGGUGCGGUGCGUCGACGAAAAAGACAAAACCGUCUCGAUGGGUUUCGGCAUGAUGCUGCUCAGUUUGAUGUCCUUCAUACCGAGUCCAAUCUUUUUCGGCCUGGUGCUGGAUAAGACCUGUCUGGUGUGGGGCAAAACAUGCUCCGGCAAGGGAAACUGCUGGCUGUACGAUGGGGAAUCUUUGCGAUAUUUGCUCAACUUUAUAGCGGCGGCAUUUGUCCUGGUGGGGACACUGUUCGACUGUGGUGUGUGGUAUUACGUGAAAGAUCUGAAGAUAUUCGACGAGGAGGUGAAGGACAAGGAAAUCGAUCUGGCAGACAAAUAAGAGGAAGUCAUCACGGAUAGACCUACGUAGUGGAAUCCGCGUUGAGUCUUCUGUUAAACGUUGUUGUUGCUAGGGAUAAACGUUGAUAGCUCCAAAAACCAAAUUGUACAUUAAUUUAGCAUAUUUUAAUACAACGUUGAAAUAAAA